AUGUCUGGAGCAACAACUACUCUCUUCCCGGGGGUCGCCCUCGUAACAGGCGCCUCAUCCGGCAUCGGGCGACAAGUCGCCAUAUCAUUUGCAGUAGAAGGAUGCACCAAGCUCGCCCUCUUCGCCAAAAGCGGACCCGGCCUCGCCGAGACCAAGAACGCCAUCAAGGCCGUGUCCGAGGACGCAGAGGUGUACACAUUUGAAGUCGACCUCUGCGACACGGAUGAAGUCCUCAAGACCAUGACGCUCGUCAUUGCACACUUUGGCCGUAUCGACUAUGCAGUCAACUGUGCUGGCAUCUAUGGUCCCUCAAAGACAAGUCAUCAUGUCACGCCUCAAGAGUUUGAUGAAGUUAUGCAGACUAAUUUCCGUGGACUGUGGCUCUGUGCGCGUGAGGAACUGAAUUACAUGACGACGCAGGAUGUCUUGGGAACUCAUGAUGGGCGGCCUGGAUUCAGGGGCUCGAUUGUGAAUAUUGGGAGUAACCUUGGCCUUGUUGGAAGACCAGAAGCUCCUAUAUACAGCGCGUCCAAGGCGGCCGUCAUCGGCUUAACCAAGAGUGAUGCUAUUGAUUAUUCGCAAAACAAAAUUCGGGUCAACUGUGUCUGUCCCGGAGUCAUUGAAACGCCCAUGACGGCUGGGCUCCCAGAUGACGAUCCGAUUGUGCAGACCGCAGUCAUGAAGAGAAAAGGCACGCCCCAGGAGGUAGCAGAUGCGGUCUUGUUUCUGUCCAGCUCAAAGGCCUCCUUCAUCCAAGGCGCCGUUCUAUCAGUCGAUGGCGGUUACACCAUCAGCUGA